AUGAGCCCCCUGAUGGCCAUAAGUACCUCCCUUGCAGCAGCAGGCGACGGUCUGCCAGCGGAGCCGUCUAACGUCCAUUGUGGGUCCCCCGCGAGGGUGAGGAGCGACACUACCUCGUGCGCGUCCCUCAAUCUACCACUCGCAGCCCUUCCUGGCGCGAGCGAGCGAGCGACCACCCUGUGGCGCGCGCGCGUUCAAACGUCUCUUUCGCUCGGGCCGUUGGGCAUCAGAAAGGCUAUCACGGCACGCGUCGAGGGUCGGAACUCCAUCCUGCACAAGCCGUCUGGCACAAGUUGGCACAAGCUGCGCUCGGCCCUCCGUCGAGAUCGCUGGUGCGAGUCGAACUCCGUGCAGGUCUUCUCUCAGGCUGCGAGCAUCUUCGCGACUUCUGCGGGACACGUUUUACCAUUGGGGGCAACGGGGCGUGGGUCAUGGGGUCGCCUCGUGGCUCUGGAUCGUCGUGCUGCGCGGCCCGCGUUCGAAAUGGGAGAAAACGGCCGUGUUAUAUUCAGGGUCCAGCUAGCUUCGUCCACCGUCGGAACGGAUGCGGGCUUUCGUGAGGAUCAAGGCCUCACAUGA